CGACGACGUUCGAUCUCGUGCUGCUUGGAGCGCCGAGUGGCAGCACAGCGGCAAACCAAAAAAGCGCUGUACCGCGCCGCGCGCGCAGCCACGAUGCAACCCGACGCAACGUGAGGCCAAGACCGGCCCUCCACAACCGCGUGACCCGACGACAAGCCCAGACACCGACGCCAGGGGGCUGCCCCACGACCAUGUCCCGUCGCACCAACCACGUCUGGCGCUGCGACAUCUGUAAUUCGUGUACGAACCCCGUGCGAGCGCCCAAAUGUAUCAUUUGUGGCACGCCGGCGCCGCGGACGCGGUUCGGCACGUUCUCUCAUGGCCGCUACGUCCUCGUCGACCUGAGGACGGGGCGCAACGCGGCCGAAGCGCGGAUCCACGAGCUAGCUACGGAUGUCGUGCAUAUCGAGGAAUUACCUGCUGGUGAUGAUCUAGAAGAGCGCAUCGCGGACGCCUUGAAAAGUGCACUCGACGACGACUUCCGAGAAGCGAGGAGACUAGAGGCGCCUCGAUUAGCGUCGCGCGCCCGACGCCGUUUGAAGCACGAGAAGCAAUCCUAUGAAACGAAGCAAGACGCCAAAGUUCUCAAGGGCGACCUGUUCGCGCAAGUCCUGCAAAGGGACCGGAACGAGGAAAAUGCCGCGAUUAUGCGCAAGCAGUACGCGACCAUGCGUAGAAGAGUGCAAAUUCAACAGGAAGAGAUCGAGGACUCGGAGACGAUCCUCAUCCGGAAGAGAUGUGAGGAUGGUUCUAUUCUGUGUGGAAAUCAACCAGUGCGUCGGGUGCACCCGACAAUUCUUCACUAAGACAUUUCUCGGCGAUGACGCGGCCGCGCUGGCUCGGUCGAGCGGCGAGGAACCGGCAUCGCCACGCCAUCGAGCAGGCGUCGCGUCGAUGGCGUGGAGGACGACGCGAUGAUUCAGCACGAACGCGCCGUAAAAUUUUGAUUUCCACACAGGUUCUAUUGAUGAACACCGCGUUGACAGGGAUGAAGCUUCCGUUCUCAUCGACAAGGAGGCGGAACUACGAGCAAAAUAUACUCCUUGCGGGUGUUGCGAGCGGGAAUUUCGCGGGCGAUGUUUACUGGGUGUGGCUUCUUUUCAUCAGGUGGCAGAAUGGAGAUCACAACACAAUGCCCCAUUUCCUCCAAACGAUCCUAGGUUCGCGAUAUCAAAACGCUACGAGCCGAUCCGACUUUGUGUUUUUUGUACGCAGUUCUUCGACCAAGAUUUCUCAGAUUACAUGAGCAUUGCUCAAUAUUCGCAUACGCAUCGGAAGGGCGUCGAGCUGGAGCCCUGCUUGCAGCUGGGUCCGGCGCGUGCGAAGGAACGACGGCAUCUCAAAGAAGAGGCUCCGGUCGUCAUCGAGGACAAGGUCGAACGGCCUUCUUCGGUGCUGAGGGAUCGCAUGGCGAAAUCAGAGUUAUUAAUGAGGGCCGCCGUGCCGCUCAAGCUGGACCCCUACGGUAGUCACUUGAGUGACUUAGCAAGGAAACCGGUUGUCACAACUUUACGAAGGGGCUACACGCGGAAGAAGCGCACGAUGCUGCCCAAUUCCGCGAAAGAGCGGCAGUUCACGCCCGUUUCGAAAGAGAGACUGGAGGACAUGAAGCCCGCGCGCCGCAAGCCGCGGAAGCUCGGUCAGCGGCGACGCGUGGACAAGCUGCCUCCUUUAUUGCCUGCUGAGGACGAGGAACAGCCGUCUCCCUCGAAGCGGCGGCCUCGCUCGCUGUCCCACAAGAAGAAGCGGGCCUACGUCGUCGAACAGAAACGGCGCGCCGAGGCCGCGGCCUACGGAGGCGCGCCUCGUAGAAGGCGUGCUAGACGCCCAGGCCAGACCGAGAGCCUGCGGAGAGAUAGGCGGCGCACUGAACAGCAUUUCGACCAGCUCACGAGCGUGCGCCGCGGCGCAUCAUCAGUGGACGAGGACUCGGCCUUCGAGGACUCGGACGAGCUCGCGGCCGAGGCGGAGAUCGCCGAAUUGAAACGAGCGAUCGCCGCCGAACGCGCGAAGGGCGGGGGGUAAGUUUUGUGUAG